UCUUUCUUUUAUGCAAGAAAUAGAAAGAAAGAAGAAAAUUUCUUUCACUCUCUUUCUCUCUCUAGGGUUUGUGUCUUCAAAGUAUCUAACUUUCUAUUGUUUUUUCAUGGUUUUGGUUACAUUUGAGCACUGACUCAAAAUAAAAGAGAGAUCAUCUUGUUUCUAAGAGAAGAACAAGAAGUAGUAGAUAUAUAUAUAGUGUAUAGAUAUCAUAUAAAGAUUUAAUCUUUGUAGAUAUAUAGAUUUGUACAGAAAUAAAGGAAGAGAGAGAGUCUGAUUUUUGGUGGGUACUGUGUGGUGUAUAAGAUAUGGGAAGGGGGAGAGUGGAGUUGAAGAGGAUAGAGAACAAGAUAAACAGGCAGGUGACAUUUGCAAAGAGAAGAAAUGGGUUGUUGAAGAAAGCUUAUGAACUUUCUGUUCUUUGUGAUGCUGAGGUUGCUCUUAUCAUUUUCUCUAACCGUGGCAAACUCUACGAGUUCAGUAGCAUCUCCAACAUGCUCAAGACCCUGGAAAGGUAUCAAAAAUGCAGCUACGGUGCAGUGGAAGUCAAUAAACCUGCAAAGGAGCUUGAGAGCAGCUACAGGGAGUACUUGAAACUGAAAACUAGAUUUGAGUCCCUGCAAAAAACUCAGAGGAACCUUCUUGGGGAAGAUUUAGGCCCUCUAAGCACCAAGGAGCUUGAGCAGCUUGAGCGUCAGUUAGAGUCAUCCCUAAAGCUAGUUCGGUCGACCAGGACCCAGUUUAUGCUUGACCAGCUUUCUGAUCUUCAAAACAAGGAACAAUUGUUGCUGGAAGCUAACAGAGCUUUGACAUUGAAGAAAUUCUUUUUUGAUUUGCAGCUGGAUGAGAUCAGUGCAAGAAAUAUUAGGUCAUCAUGGGAAGGUGGUGAGCAAAGUAUGUCAUAUGGGCAGCAGCAUCCUCAACCUCAGGAGCUAUUCCAGCCUAUGGAUUGCAAUCCCACAUUGCAAAUAGGGUACAACCCUGUAGGUUCAGACCAGAUGACUGCCACAACCCAUGCCCAGACAGUCAGUGGCUUCAUACCAGGAUGGAUGCUUUGAGUUUUUGGUGGUCUAUUAUUAUGCCUUGUUGCUACAAGACUUGGGUCAUAUCAUAUCACACAUGUGCUUUUGGUUCCCAGUGUUUGGCAACAUGUACAUGAUUUCAAGAGCAUAUGAAAACUUCAAAAAAUGUGACUGAAUUUCAGAGGAUUGUGGAACCUUUUGACAUGGACAUACGAGGCAUGUAAGUUGAUAAAAAAGAAAAUGUUUGCAAAAGAACUUUUAAAAAAGGAAGACAGAAUUAUGUCUGCUCUCUUUAAAAUUA